GCAUUCAAUUGUGAAAGGAUUUAUAACUUUGAAAAUGAAAGAGAGAGGCUCAUUAUGGAGAAGGACGUAGUCAUUCAAGAGCAUGCUUCUCUGGAAAAUCAAUUGGUUUCUUUACAGACACAAAUAAACAGCCUCACUGCAGAAGUAGAUAACCUUACAAGUAAGGUUAGUUCCAUAAAGAAGGAAUAUGAUCAAGCCCAAUCUGAGCUCAAUUUGAGUCAUUCAAAGAUGAAAGAAUGUGAUGCUGAGAUCAGUGCCGUUGUCAAGGAGCAACAGAAGCUUCAACAUAAAAUUAGUGAUGCAAAUGUUGAGAGGAAAAAAAUGGAAAAUGAGAUUAAGCGAAUGGAGAUGGAACAGAAAGAUUGCUCCCUGAAGGUAGAUAAACUACUAGAAAGGCAUAGUUGGAUUGCAGUUGAGAAACAAUUAUUUGGAAAAAGUGGGACAGAUUAUGACUUCUCAUCUCGUGAUCCUCGUAAAUCAAGGGACAGAUUGGGACAUAAAAGUUGUAUACACUUAUAA